UGGAUAACGUGACAAAUGAUAAAUCAUUGAAUCUUUUAAUGAAAAUUCGCGAAAUAAGAAAACAUACAGGUUCCAAAUUUGAAGAUAUUGUAUUGGCAGCUUUUUCCGCUAGUGUACACAAAUAUCAUUUAAGCAUCAAGAAAACAGCUCCCGAUGCAUUAACAGUUGGUUUCCCAGUAAGAAUGGCAAUACCUGGCAAAAAUUUAACAUUAGAUAACAACUUUUCGGCUGCUGUUUUGCGAAUUUGUAUCUCCAAUGCGAAUGGGCAAACAAUCGUCGAGCCAAAUCGGGAUUCUCAGUUUUUUAAGCGUCUUCAAGAUAUUACAAGAGCAAAUAACGAGCUCAGAAAACGUUCAGACAUUUUGCUUAAUUAUUGGUUCAUGAAGUAUCUGUCCGCGCUAUUACCGGCAAAAAUGUUUAUGCAGAUUUCUCGUUUAAGUGACUGCACGAUGGGGUUUAGCAAUGUGCGCGGACCGGAAAAAGUUCGUAUUCUAAAUAAUUCUUUGAGAAACAUUGUCUUUUGGAUACCAAACAG